GGUGAAUCCCUUGAUUAGCAAUUUAGCAUUACCACAAAGACCAAAUCUGUAUCACAUAUAAAAUGCGCGCAUGCGGGCUCUCUUAACAUAACUCAGCAAACAAAAAAUUAAUUCUGAUUAGCGUGAGUGAUUCUGGCCAGCAAAUUUGAGUAUAAUGGCGUUUCGAUCAGCAAUCUCAAUGACAUUUUUCUCCUUACUAUUGCUUUUGCUAGCAAUAGGUUCUAAUGCUGGGGGUAUUGCUAUCUAUUGGGGUCAAAACGGCAAUGAAGGCACUCUUCAAGAGACUUGUGCUACAGGGAAGUAUGACUAUGUAAUAUUAUCCUUUCUAGCUACUUUUGGCGAUGGGCGGACCCCAAUGAUAAACCUUGCCGGUCAUUGUGAUCCAUACAGCAAUGGUUGCACUGGCUUGAGCUCUGACAUUAAAUCCUGUCAAGCCAAAGGUGUCAAAGUGGUUCUUUCAUUGGGAGGCGCUUCUGGUAGCUACUCGCUUACCUCAACUGCAGAUGCAAAGCAAGUUGCUACUUACCUUUGGAAUAACUUCCUUGGGGGACAAUCGUCAUCUCGUCCACUUGGGCCUGCUGUACUGGAUGGUAUUGAUUUUGAUAUUGAAGGUGGAACAAACCAACACUGGGGCGAGCUUGCAAGAUUUCUUUCAGGAUAUAGCAAUCAAGGCAAGAAGGUGUACAUAACUGCAGCUCCUCAAUGCCCAUUUCCUGAUGCUUGGAUAGGAGAUGCCCUUAAAACUGGUGUUUUUGACAAUGUCUGGGUCCAAUUCUAUAACAACCCACCUUGUCAAUACACUCAAGGAGAUAUUGGGAAACUAGAAAACGCAUGGAAAGAGUGGACCUCAGAUAUUCCUGCUACUAAGAUUUUCUUAGGUUUACCUGCAUCUCCUGAGGCUGCAGGUACUGGCUUCAUUCCGGUUGCUGAUCUUAAAUCAAAAGUGCUUCCGUUCAUCAAGGGUUCUGACAAGUAUGGAGGUGUUAUGUUGUGGUCCAAGUAUUAUGAUGAUCAAAGUGGAUACAGUUCUUCCAUCAAGAAUGAUGUCUAAUUCUUAACACGAAAGUACUAAACUACUGUCAAUGUAUCAUAUCAUGUAUCUUUGCAUAUGAGUGAGGUCUUAAAUUUUAUGUAUUCCACAUGCAUGUAAUAUAAUUGUGCCUGUAUUCUUGUCAUUUGUGAAAUAUAAUUGUGCCUGUU